UGACAACACCACACCCCUCAUUUUUUGAUAAAAAUUUCAGAAGUAAACAUCAGAAAACAGUUUUUGUAAAACUUUGGAAGUUGAAUGCAUUUUCUUUUGAAAAAAUAUUAUUUCCGAGUAAUUUUUAAGUAUUAAUCGUUUCAAUGAGUUCGUCCAAAGCGCUCGCGUCGAUCACCGCCACUUACACAGAUUCCGAGAACGAAGAUGGCGACAAUAAAGAAGAAACCUCCAUGGACAUUGAAAGUGGAGAAGAUGAACCAGAAGAAGAAGAACCUAGAAUAGAAGUAGAAUAUAACGAUGAUGGCUUACCUCCAGAACCAACGAUACCAUGCCCGAAAGAGUUACAAGAUAAAAUAACAAAAUUAUUCGAACGGUCGCAGAAUGAUGGCGUGGAUAUGAACGACGCUAUACAAAACAGAAAAUUAUUCCGGAAUCCUAGCAUAUAUGAGAAAUUGAUCGAUUUCUGCGGUCUAAACGAAUUUGGAACUAACUAUCCUGCAGAAAUAUACGAUCCGCUGAGAUGGGGUAGAGAAUCUUUCUACGACGAAUUAGCCAAAGUUCAGAAAGUUGAAAUGGAGAAACGAGAGAAAGAAAAAAAAGAGAAAACCAAGGUUGAAAUCGUCUCAGGAACAGCUAAAAAAGCCACGUCCGCAAACGGCAGCGCAUCUAGUUCAAUUUUAUCAUCAGUUGAAGGAGAAAAACGUCGUAAAACAAAAUGGGAUCAAGUAGAUACCUCGAGUAACAUUCGAAGUCAACUGUUACACUGAUGAUAUUUUCCUCUCCUGUAAAUAUUGUACUUUUAUAUCUCGGUGAACAAAUUUCAUACGUUUUUUUUAAAUUAUUUAUUUAUUACAAAUGAAAAAAAAAUCCAAUUUAAAAAAGCGUAAUUUUAUAAAUAUUUUUCUAUCGUUGUUUUGUCAAUAAAUUGUAAAUAAACUUUCAUUUGCGGUAUUUUUUCA